AUGGCUCCCACGAUGACAACACAGCUGUGGCUCCUUCUGGUGUGGGGGCUGAAAUAUGGGCCCAGGACUGAGCUUCUCAAUGUCUGCAGGAAUGCCAAGCGCCACAAGGAAAAGCCAGGCUGGGAGGACAAACUGCAUGAGCAGUGCAGUCCCUGGAAGAAUGCCUGCUCCUCUGUCAACACCAGCCAGGAAGCCCCUAAGAAGGUCUCCUACCCGUACAGAUUCACCUGGGACCACUGCGGCCCCAUGAAACCCGCCUGCAAGCGCCACUUCACCCAGGACACCUGUCUGCACGAGUGCUCUCCCAACCUGGGGCCCUGGAUCCAGGAGGUGAACCAGAGUUGGCGCAAAGAGCAGAUCCUGAACGUGCCCCUGUGCAAAGAAGACUGUGAGGUCUGGUGGGAAGACUGCCGCACCUCCUACACCUGCAAGAGUAACUGGCACAAGGGCUGGAACUGGACCUCAGGGUUUAAUGAGUGCCCAGUCAAGGCUGUCUGCCACUGCUUUGAUUUCUACUUCCUCACGCCAGCUGCUCUGUGCAGUGGAAUCGAGUCAUUCCUUCAAAGUCAGCAACUACUGCUAAGGCAGUGGCCGCUGCAUCCAGAUGUGGUUUGA